UUACAUACAGCUGUUAAUUUUCUUGAUGAGAAAAUUAUUUACAAUUUGAUUUGUUUUUUAAUUUAUCGUAGUGUUAGAGGUUUAGGUCCAACAGAGAAAGUCCAGCGAUGGCUUCAGUCUCGACGGAAAAUGAUCCUAGGGGAUCUGUCGGAGAAGAUGUUGAACUUGUCGGUGAAGAGGAAAAGGCAGAAGAUGAAAUGUUCAAAGAAUCAAGGAGAUUUGAUCAUGCAGAGGUUGAGGAUAUUAUAAGGAAUGCAAUAAGGUUUGGUAUCAGUCAAGAAAGGUUCAAUCCCGCUCUGCUCAAGCAAUGGACAAGAAACGUCUCCGAAGAGUGUAUCGAGAAAUUGGCCAAUCUUAAAAAGCCUUAUAAAUUCUUUGUUUUCUGCGACAUUUCGCAGAACAGCGGUGUGGGCAUGCACCAUAUAAUCACAGCGUACUGGGACGAGGACAUCGACACUUACCAUACUGUAAUUUGGAACAACAAGACCAUCCUCUGUAUUGUCACUGUCCUAGGUGUCUGCAUCGAUCUAGAAGUUGAAUAAAAUUGCAAUUGGUUGUUAUUUACUUAACUU